AUGAAGGCUCUUCUCUUGCUGGUCCUGCCUUGGCUAAGCCCUGCCAACUACAUAGACAAUGUGGGCAACCUGCACUUCCUGUACUCCGAGCUGUGCAAAGGAGCRUCCCACUACGGGCUGGGCAAGGAGCGGAAGAGGCGCUCGCAGGACUGCUCGCCGGACGGCGGCCUGGCCGUGGCAGCGCUAGGCCCCGAGCUCUCGGCGGCCGCCGCCAUCGCGCUCAUGACGGACGAGCCGGGCCUGGUGAACCCGGCCUUCAGCCCCAGCGCCGAGGAGGCCCCGGCGGGCGCCACCGCCGACCCGCUGCGCGGCGGCCGCCACAGAGCUCGACACUUCGAACGCUCCACGAUAAGAAGCAGAUCUUUUAAAAAGAUAAACAAGGCGUUCAGCGUGCUCCGAAGGACAAAAAGUGGGAGCGCCGUUUCCAACCCGGCUGACCGGGAAAGGGAGGCUCUUGGAAAUUCAGUUGCCGGAGAGGAAGGUUUCCCCAGGUUGUAUCACCUGAUUCCGGAUGGGGAAGUUACCUGCAUUAAGAUCAACCGUACUGACCCCAAUGAAAGCCUGGCCAUUAGGAUCGUGGGAGGCAGCGAGACUCCCUUGGGUCACAUUAUCAUUCAGCACAUUUAUCGGGAUGGGGUGAUCGCCAGAGAUGGAAGAUUGCUGCCUGGAGACAUGAUACUGAAGGUGAACGGCCUGGACAUCAAAAACGUGCCUCACAACUACGCGCUGUCGGUGCUGCGGCAGCCCUGCCACGUGCUGCGGCUCACGGUGCUGCGYGAGCAGCGGUACCGCUGCCGCGGCGGCGGCCUCCCCGCGGGCGCCCGCGACGACAGCUUCCACGUGGUCCUCACCAAGAGCAGCCCGGACGAGCAGCUGGGCAUAAAGCUGGUGCGCAGGGCGGACGAGCCGGGCGUCUUCGUGUUCAACCUGCUGGAAGGAGGGGUGGCCGCCCGCGACGGGCAGCUGCAGGAGAACGACCGCGUCCUGGCCAUCAACGGGCACGACCACCGCUACGGCAGCCCCGAGAGCGCCGCCCACCUCAUUCAGGCCAGCGAGAAGCAGGUUCACUUCCUCGUGUCGCGCCAGAGCCGGCAGCAGCCCCCCGACGUGGUGCCGGAGACGGGCUGGAGCUACGGCGGCGCCCAGCCCUGCCCCGCYGCCCGCGGCAGCCCCGGCAAGAGUGCCUUGCACGCCGUCACCUGCCACGAGAAGGUCGUGGCCGUCCGGAAGGACCACAGCGAGUCCCUGGGAAUGACCGUGGCGGGCGGAGCCACGAGCCGCGAGUGGGAUUUGCCUAUCUACGUGAUAAGCGUGGAGCCCGGAGGAGUCAUCAGCAGAGACAGCAGGAUCAAAACAGGUGACAUCCUGCUCAACGUGAACGGCACGGACCUGACGGGCGUGAGCCGGAGCGAGGCGGUGGCGCUGCUGAAGAGCACGAGCUCCUCCGUGGUGCUCCGGGCGCUGGAGCUGCGGGCGAGCGAGGAGCCGCGGGCGGCGCGCGACGGCGCCGACUGGGCGCCCUCCUGGCUCAUGUGGCUGGGGCUGCCGCGGUAUUUGUACAGCUGCAAAGAAAUCAUAUUGCGGAGAAAYACAGCCGGCAGCCUUGGCUUCAGCAUUGUGGGCGGCUAUGAAGAGCACACCGGGAACAAACCCUUCUUCAUCAAAUCCAUCGUGGGCGGAACACCAGCGUACAACGAUGGGAGAAUUAGAUGUGGUGACAUCCUCCUUGCUGUCAACGGCAGGAACACGUCGGGAAUGAUGCACGCCUGCCUGGCAAGGAUGCUCAAAGAACUAAAAGGGAAAAUUACGCUCACGAUUGCGUCCUGGCCUGGCACUUUUUUAUAAAACAAGUCCUCUCCGACAGGGUGACAGGUAACUGAACACAGGAAAAACAAGGAUGUUGCUCGUCCUCACUUUUUUGGGGGGGAUCAAAUGUGUUUAUCAAGGAAAGGUUUGAAAUUUCAACCUGCAUGUCAAGAAAAGUCAAAUUUAGGUAAGGAAGGGACAGGUAUCAGAAUCACUGCUGAGUGAUUUCAGUUACAGACUUAAGUCUCUGCUUCCCAUGUUCUUAAGUUUGUUUGUUUUUUUAUAUAUAUUUAUAAUAAUUAUGAAAUUUAGGGAGCUGCGAUAGCUCCUGUUCACCCCCUUUAAUUUAUAGAAAGAAAUUUAUGAAUAACUUAUGGAAAAAUUCCCAACAAGCUCAUGAAGUACUUUUCUAAUUGAAAAAAAUACCAGGUGAAGGUUUUUACCCAACACAGUACUAGCACUUUGAUUAUCUUGUACCUUUUCAUGGUCAGCAUGGAGCUGGUAUUCCCCAGACUUUCAAGUAUUGUUUGUUAGUCUGUAAAGCUGUGAAUUAAAUUAUACUUCUAAAAUUACUAAAAAUAACUGUGUGUACUUGUACAAACAUUAUUUUCAUUCAAAACCAAAAGAAGUGGCUCCCUUGGUAGCUUCUAAUUAUUACAAAUAUAUUUAAUUUUUUCCAUUUUUUUAAAAAUAAGUAGCACAGAUACCAUUCUGAUUACAGUAGAUCUUGACGUCGCAACGAAUUGACUUCUUUAAAGCAGUUCUUUACUCUGCCAACUACCCCUAUUUUGUGGUCUCUGUUUUUCC